CUAAGCACAUUUUUAAGCCCCCUGUCUGUGAGUUUAGGAAAGAUUAAAGAAGUAUCUUUAUCGUGGAACUGUUUGAAGUAGUUUGCAGCUUACUCCAGUUUUCAAUAUUUACAGGUUUUAUACACUACAGACAGCUCAUGAAAUAAAGUAGAUAUGAUGACAACAAGCAUAAAUUGCAAUGAUGUAGUAACUAUUGAAGUGAUCUCAAAGACUGCUUCUGAAAAAGUUAAGCCCUUAGGAAGGCAAAAGUGAGAUUCAGAAGUGGAAGCCUAAAGCAAGAUGAAAGAUGCACCUUGCUGCAAUACUAACGAUCAGGAAGGGACUCAAACCAAUAGUUUCCACUGAAUCUCCCGCUCUGAUAUUUGGGACAACAACUAAACUUGCAUCAGAUUUACCAGCAACUGAUUCAUUCUUGGGUAAAAACAAGGUGCCAGACCUACAGAAACUUUUUCAGUCUGACUUGAAAGCAGAUGGACUGCCAGUACACCUGAAAAGAGGAGUUCCAGAUAAGCUGCUUUAUCGGACCACUAUGGCUCUCACAAUAGGGGGGACUAUCUACUGUCUAGUAGCACUGUACAUGGCCUCACAACCAAGAAGCCAAAAGUAAAUGAACCACGACUCUUGGGACUCGUCAUAUUUCUCUGAAGGACCUCCAGCAUGUAUCUCUCUGCACUUGCUUUAAUUCUGUGAUCCUAAAGGGUUCAUUACUAGAACCAUUUAUUGGAGAAUAUGUUUUUAAAUUGGUUGCCUUAAGUGUAAUAGAAAUCAAUACAAACAGACUUAAAGACAUUAUUUUAACAUAUGGUUGUAGUUUUGCAUUUGUUGUCUUGCAGGAGUGUAUGAACAGUUGGAGAAAGAUGAGCUUUUCCUUCCUUCCUUCCCUCCCUCAACUUUAACAAUGUUAGAGAUAGGACAAGACAAAUACUUUGUGGUCUAUGCUCCACAUUCCUUAGUGGGAAGAUGCUGCUGAUAUCCAAAACAGCAAAAGCAAAUAAUUAUUAUAACAUACUGGGAACCUCUUUCUGUCAAACACAGGUCAUUUUACAUAAGCAGGUGGCAGUGAAACUUUUCCAAAUGCUGCUGUAUUAUUAAAUAUUUGUACCUCUGGUGAUAGAACAAAGGGCUUAUCUCCUUGGAGCAUUUAAAGUGGAUUUAUUCCAUAAUGUUAGCAUUAUGUAUGUAUACAUUCAGCAGAGUGCACCAGUAUUAUAGCAUCAGUUAUACCAGUUUUUGGACUUUAUUUGUCAAACAGUCUUACUGUGCAAUAAAGAUAACCACAUGAAUAAUAAAAGAUGCAAGCGUUGACAGUUUCAGA